UGUCUAGUUUUCUUGUUCUUCUACAGAACAACACAAGUUUGAGAAAAAAAUUAUUUACUAAUUUGUAAAUAACAUCUUUAGAAGAUGAAUUGUGUAAUUUAAUGACUUCACAUUAGUAGAAUAUAUUUACUAAUAAAAAAGUUUUGUAUGUAAAUUUUUCAGCAUAAUAAUAUAAUAGAAAGUGUACAAAUAGUAUACACUAAAAUUUUAAUCGACUGAUUGGAAAGAAGCAUGUCAUAAGAAGAUACUAAGUGAUUGGCAUGGAACGAAGUAUUCACGAAAUGUUGAAAGACGCGCCGUCUCUUAAUGAAAGUGCCAGUGCAAUUCACAGUGGCACUCCUCCACCACAUAUUCAGAAAAAUCGCUUGAGUGAUGUGCAACAGCGACCGGCGACAAUGAAUUUAACACUUGGGAGUCCAACUUCCAAGUCCCUGCCUUUAUCGCCAAGUUCUCCCCUUCAAAAUGGAGACACGCAAACUAUGCGGUCAGCUCAUAGUAAAAUUGAAAGUAUUAGAAACUGGAGUAUUUCAACGUAUAAGUGUACUAAACAGCUUAUGUAUGAAAAACUUGGAAAGACGUCUCGCACAGUGGAUUCAGAAUUGGAAUCUCAAAUAGACUUACUGCGAGAAACUCAACGUAAAUAUUGUAAUAUUUUACGAUUAUCACGAGCCUUGUCAUCUCAUUUCUAUCACGUUGUUCAAACGCAGCACGCACUAGGAGAAGCAUUCUCAGAUCUAGCUCAGAAAUCGCCAGAGUUGCAAGAAGAAUUUUUAUACAAUUCUGAGACACAGAGAAAUUUAACUAAAAAUGGUGAAACUCUUCUCGGUGCCUUAACUUUUUUUAUUUCAUCGGUAAACACUUUGUGCAAUAAAACAAUUGAAGAUACGUUACUGACUGUGAAACAGUACGAAACGGCAAGAGUAGAGUAUGAUGCGUACAGAACCGAUCUUGAACUAUUGACUCAAGCUGCGAAAGUAGAUGGCAGCAACGUUAUAAGAUUGGAGGAAGCCCAAGCGAAUUAUGAGCAGCAUAAACAGCAUUUUGAGAAACUGCGCUCAGAUGUCUCAAUUAAAUUGAAAUUUUUAGAUGAAAAUAGAAUUAAAGUGAUGCACAAGCAAUUACUUUUAUUCCACAAUGCAGUUUCGGCCUACUUUUCAGGAAAUCAAUCUGCAUUGGAAGCGACUCUGAAACAAUUUAAUAUAAAAGUAAAAUCACCAAAUUCAUCGUUUCCAUCCUGGUUGGAACAAUAGUCUCAGAAGUGAAAUGUUUUAUAAUAAUUUAUUAUACUUUUUAAAGCUGAUUUUCAUAUAAUAGAGAUUAAAUGUUUUAUUUAAGUGACAAGCACCUCAUAUUAGUGUUGAAGUUGUACUUAAAACAAAUGUAUAUGUUUUACGCGAUUCGACAUUAAUUUCAUUUAUACGCGUGAGUGGAUACAAACACUGAAAACUUUUCUUUAGCUUGAAGAUAGUAGAAAAACAUAUUUUAAAGUAUCUUUCCUCAAAGAUUAAAAAAAAUUGCAACGCCAUUUUUUUUUUAUAAGCCCAACAGUAAGCUGUUAUAUGGUGAAGAAAAGUCUAAAAUUUAAAGUAUUAGCCAACAAAAAAAAACUACGAAAUUGCUAAAAUCUUGACAAAAUGACGUAUAUAUAAAUAUUAGUAAGAAAAAAGUGCGUAUACCAAAAUGUAAGUUAUCAGCAGUAAGCUAAUAUACAAAUGAGUCCUAAAUCAGUAAAUAUGUCGAACAAUACUCCGAAACAGAAAGUUCAAAGUUGUCCAUGUUUUUAAUGCCAUUCAGAAUUACAGUAUAAACUGAUCCUUUUUCAUUAAAGAAACAUCAGUUUUUACAAAACAGUUUGUUAACUUUUAAACGAACAGUUUAUUCGUAUUAAAUUUGUAACCCACAUUUCAAAUCAGGCAAGCUGACUUUCUCUAAAUGCUAACGUAACUCAUAAAUCUAUCAUUUGUCAAGUUAUUUGUAAGAAUACGUCUUUUUUUAUUUAUUGUAAUUUUUAUCGAAUCUACACACAUUUCUGAAACGUUUAUAAAUGUUCUGUAACAUUUACGUCGCGUCGUCCAUUGCUAACGUUUCUACGCAUAUUAAUAUAUACCUAUUGUUAUUGAUGUUUUAUUUAAUUAGAAAAUAUAGAGUUUAAUAUAUUAUACACAAUUUAUGGGGAAAUAUAAAGACAAAUAUGUGAAUACAAAUGUAAAUAUUAAUAUGAAAUUAUAUAAUUUCUUAUUCUUAACGAAUACUAUAAACUAAAAGCACCGAUUAUCUCUAUUUUCUGAAAUUUUAGACAGAAACGAUUACCUAAGUUAACUUGAAAUGAUUAUGAAAAUUAAAAAAAAAAGUUAUUUUAAAUUAAAUUUAUAUACUUUUUUUCUAUUUAAAUCCAGUGAAACUGUUUAUUUUAAAAUAAAUGAAUGUAUUUUCGUAUCAUUUCAUGUAAUGUACAUCAUUUUCUAACGCUAUGUAUAAUUUGAGAAAAUAGAACACAAUUUGGUCGGUGCUGCGAGAAUAUUCACAGUUUUACAAAGUUUUCCUAAAGGUGAGUCCAACAAUGAGAUAAAAAAAGGACGAAACAAUCUCCGUCCUUCUCUAUCUCAUUGUCUUAGUCGAAUUGAACUCACCUUUAGGAUUGCCAACCAUAAGUAAACCGCAAAACUUAAUUUAGAAAUUAAAAUACUAUUUAUUUGUGUUCUUGGCUACCUGCUUUGCAAAAGCCAAUAUUGGGCUAUAUAACCAACAAAAAAAAUAAAAAAUACUAUUUAUUAAUACUGUAAAGCUUCGCAUAUUUAUCUCUCUAAUUUAUUGAUUUAUAUUUAUUAUCAAGAAUGAUAAUAGCAUUCAUAUCAGAUAAUGAUUUUCACAUCAUUGUCGACUUUUAUCAUUUGUUGAAACUGUUGAAACUAAAAAUCAUCAAAAAAUCGUAAAGCGGUUCAAUUGACAUAACUUUAAAUUAAAAAACUGUUUUUAAGAAUUCUCACUGCGAUGGUGAUAAAAGUUUUUAUAAAAUACUAAUUACUAAAAUUUUGCGUUUUUUCCAUAAACUUAGUUAAAAAUUGUUUGCUGUGACUGUAGAGAAACUAUCCUUUCAAAAUUUAGCAAAAUUAAUUAAAUUCCCAGUAAAUGAAAACUAAUUGAAACGAAUUAAGAUUUUUUAAUAGAAAUUAUUAUUUUUUUUUUAUUCAGUCAAGCUCUUUGUAUAUUCGAUUGAAUUUCACUCAAUUUGUGCAAAAGAAUUCGCAUUCGAAAGAAAUGACCAAGGCGUCAAAAAUAUUGAUUUUCUGUUAUUUAUCACACAAAAUCGGGACGAGAAAAAACUAGUAAAAACUUAGUGAAACGUUAAAUACAAAUUAUACAUUAAAUGGCAAAGCAUUAAAUACAAUAUUUAAACUUUCAAAUAAAACUGUAUUUCAAUAUUUAUCAAUAAAUUAAUUCUAAAUUUUAAAA